AUGUCUGGGGAACUGGUAAAAAAUAAGAUGGAACGCAGAAAAUGUUCAAAUUUUUUGCAAAACCUAUCAAGUGAUGAGUGUCAACAAGAGUUUCAGGACUUUGGACUAAUUCUGAAGGAAGGGCGUAUUGAUGAUGCCGUUUCUUACUUUACCAACGUUUUCCACAACGUGGCAUCUGAUAUGAUUGUGAAGCCAUUAACAUCCCAUAAACUAAGGGAUCAGCCAGAAUGGUGGAGCGUACAAUGUGAACAGUAUAAACGUGAAAAGAAUCGUCGACUAGAUGUCUUUCGGGCUACGAACAGUAAAGAUGAUCUUGCUAUCUACAAGAAGGCAAAGAGUAACUUCAAGAAGAUAUGUUCCAACGCAAAGAGUGCUCAUCAAGAGAAGAUUAAGACUGUGUUGACAGACAACGACCAAUCUCCUCAAGACUUAUGGAGAAAUAGGAUCAAUACAUUCGAUGAUGAUUUUGACUUGGCAUGUAGCUCUCAAAGACGAGUUGUAUCACCAGUGACACAAGUGUCAGAUGAUGAUAACAGUAACAAUGCUACAGUAAAACGAGUGAAUGAGGAAUCUGUGGAUACCAUAUAUAGUAUUGAUGACAGUGACAAUGUGUUUGACAUUGAUGUUGAAUCACAGACCGAAGAUAAAAAUGACAGUAAAGAAACAGAAUGUCCUGUCAGGAAUGUUUUUGAUUUUUUUUACAUUGAAUAA